CAAUCAUCCACGUUCCUUCACUAACCAUUUUCAUCUUUCUACGGAAACAGAGAUCGGAACUAAGAACCUCUCUUUCUUUCUCUCCGUCACAAAAAUCGGAUCGGAAAACCGUUGUUCUUAGAUCAGAUCUAUUCUACGUCGUUGCAGUAGGAAUGGCUCCAUUCAGCGGCGAUGAAACGGCACCGUUUUUUGGCUUCCUUGGAGCCGCAGCUGCUCUCGUUUUCUCCUGUAUGGGAGCUGCCUAUGGAACAGCAAAGAGUGGUGUUGGUGUAGCUUCGAUGGGUGUGAUGAGACCGGAGCUGGUGAUGAAGUCUAUUGUACCUGUUGUUAUGGCUGGUGUUUUGGGUAUUUACGGGCUUAUUAUUGCUGUUAUUAUCAGUACUGGAAUUAACCCAAAGGCCAAAUCUUAUUACCUUUUUGAUGGUUAUGCACAUCUCUCCUCUGGUCUUGCUUGUGGACUUGCCGGCCUAUCUGCCGGUAUGGCUAUUGGUAUUGUUGGUGAUGCUGGUGUUAGAGCCAAUGCACAACAGCCAAAACUUUUCGUUGGAAUGAUUCUUAUCCUCAUCUUUGCUGAAGCUCUUGCCCUUUACGGUCUCAUUGUUGGUAUUAUCUUGUCUUCACGUGCCGGUCAGUCUAGAGCCGAAUGAGAAAGGAGCUGUGUUGCAAAAUAUUCUUUGACCGCAAACCUUCUUAUUAAGAGGGUGAGAGGUGAAUUUUUAGUUGCGCUGUUAUUAGUGAAAACAAUAGCUCCACUUGUCAUUGAUGGUGUUUGUAUAAGUAGUCUAUCUUUGCUUAAUAAAGCUUUUAAAGCUUCGUCCUUUUUUCCUUAUGAUGAAAUGUGUCAUGCCAUAUUAUAUGAGCCUAUUUUGUUUUUGCUGCUGCUGAAACUAGUGCUUGUAAUGAUUUAGUUGAGAAUAUAACUUGUAUGCAUUUGUGGAUUUUUUCA